AUGUACACCGAUGUAGAGACUACUCAUGGCAUCAAUACCGACCAAUUCUUGAAAGCAACCGACCACAUGUUGAACAUGUUUGAUCUAUUUGGAAGUACAGCAUUCAGUGUUGUUCAAAACGACAUGCGAAACAACGUCAAGAAAAUUCGGACCCGAUAUUUGACGGAUACGAAAGGAAAUAAUACUUUGGAAAAUCUCAUGGCCAAUGAAGCACAUCAAAAGAAACGAUUAGCUACGGAAGCCGUUGUUUGGUUAAAAAGAGGAUUGGAUUUUACAGCACGGUCAUUAAUGCAUAGUCUUGAUCAUCCUGCAGAAGAAUUGGCCACCUCAUUUCGCAUGGCCUACGAUGCUACGCUCCGACCUUAUCACAGUUUCAUAUUGGCAAUGAAUGCAUGUCCUUGGCGAAAAGAUUUUUAUGAACGUAUUGGGAUCCAAGAUGAAAGUUCCAUUGCUCAAAUGCGAGAAUGGUUAACAGCUUUAUUACGCAUCAUUGCACAACUUGAUGCUCAUUUCGAACAGCAUCCGGCGUACCUUUUACAUUAA